GGAAGUUACAAUAAAACAAGGAUAGGUUUGCCAGAAUCUCUACGAAUUGAGCCAGUCUAUACAGCCGACUGCUUCCUUCCAAGACAUGUCCAUUCAAACAGACGAAGAGGAGCGUAAGAGGGUGAGGUUUGUGUUCGAUUUAUACAGCAGUGAAGACCUCAUAGAUGGAGUUGACAUCAUCAAUGCUAUACGCGGUCUCAACCUGAACCCCACAAUACACCUGGUGAACAACCUAGGGGGCAGUGAAACCAGAGGGGAGGUUUUCAAAUCAUUUAAUGAGUUCUUAAAGAUAUACGAGGCUGUGCGAGACGAUAAGAACCAAGGAGGUUUCCAAGACUUCGUAGAGUGUCUGAAGAUUUACGACGUUGCUGAGAAUGGAACCAUGAAAAUGAUUGACCUAACUAGCAUGCUGCUGACGUUGGGUGAAAAGAUCACAGCAGAUGAGUUGCAAGAGGUGUUGACGGAUUGUCAGCUGGAGCCAGAGGAUGAAGACGGGUGGUUCCCUUAUUUACCAUUUCUUUGUCGUCUCUGUGAAAAACCAGUACCGCCAUCUUGGAAGCCUGUUUGAAAUACAGACAUUAUUUUAGAAUAACGAAGAUGACAAGAAACAUUUAUGAAGAUUAUAGAUUUUCAUGUUUUAAUUAUCUUGCGUAAAAUAUGAAUAAUACAUAAGGUUUCCUGUACCAGUUAAAAAAUAAAUUAUGUAUUUAAUAACAGUCAUACGAUUUCCAAUACACUA